AACACAAAGCGAACAUGGCGCCUCUCCUGCCUAAGCUCACCUGUCACUGCGGAGGAUGAGAAUAACCCGGGGAUAAGAGGUUGAGAACAGCGGCCGGACACAGCGCCUCUCCGCCGGCCUGAGGGCUCCGUGUCCCGGCAUGACGCUCCGGAGGAUCCCGCUGUCUGUUCACCGGGGAGGAGGAGCCGAAGCCGGGUUUGUUUCUGUCGAGCGGCGCUGACAGAAGAUCCGGAGAGCAGCUUUGUGUCGUUGAUGACGGAGUGAAAUGGAAAAGGCAGGAGAUGUGUCCUCCUCACCUGUGACUGUAAACAAGGAGUCUCACCUGUGCCUUCAUCGUCAUCAUCCCCUGAACUCUAAUGAUGUCAUCAGCCAGCGGCGUCCGCAGGUCACGUGUUCAGGAGACGGCGAGGAGGCUGGCGCGUCCAUCGCUUUGUCACAGUGUGCGGAUGUCAUCUGCUUCAGGUCGGACACUCAAGGACCAAUCGGAUGCUGCUGUGAUGUCAGAGAGGCAGGUGAGGAGCAGGGGGCGGGGCUUAGUCUGAGAGGUGAUGUCUCCCAAACAGACGGGAUUAGUCCAAACGUGGUCACUACCGGUUCAUCCUGCACAGACGGGUUAAACGAUAAGAGCUGUCACGGACUGGAUGGUGAUGGUACCUGUGGGGGCGGGGCUACAGGAGGCACACACCUCCACCUGGAUGAGCCCUCCUCACCUGUACCUCCACCCAAAGCGUCAGACUCCGACCCUGACACUCUGGAAGAUGGCAGCUCCGAUGACGAGGCCUUCAUCACGGAUCGGGCGCCGCCCCCGCCAGGUGAACCGAGCCUCCCUGCAGCCUCGGCUGUCCCUCGCUCCGGGAACACGUUCGAGUGCGUCCGCAGACAGAGCGCCCCGAGCGAGCUGGUUCAGGACGACGGAGGGUCAGAGUCUGAGCUGCAGUCGAGGAGGCCGGGCAUCGUCGAGUACUUCAGCAGCAGGAAGCAGCGGUCCGUCAGUCACAGCGUUGCGGGCUGGAAGCUGUUCGGUAAAGUUCCUCCCAAACAGAGUCCGUCCAAACAGCCUAAGAUCAUCCAGCAGCAGAGCGCUGAGGUCAGUCUGAACUCGCUCUCCUCUUCAGACCUGCAGGACUCAGGGGAGUUCGAGGCACGGCAGGUUUCCGCCCGCAGCUCUCCUACCCAUCAUGCAUCGGGGCAGCAGAGCCGCAGGAAGGUGGAGUUUGAGCCGCCGCUGUCCACCACAGCGCUGAUCCUCGAGGACCGACCACCGAACCUUCCGGCAAAGUCGGCGGAGGAGGCGCAGAGACACAGGGAGCAGUACGAGCAGAUGGUGGCCGGAGCCAAGAGGAGAGAGCUGAAGGAGGCGCAGAGGAGGGAGCAGCAGAGGAGAGAGCGACUGAGACAGGAGGAGGAGAUCUCCAACAACACACUGAUCUGGAACCACGAGAUCCUGCCGCACUGGGACACCAUGAAGUCGAGUCGUCGGACUCGGGACCUGUGGUGGGGGGGUUUGCCCCCCAGUGUCAGAGGACGAGUGUGGAGCGUCGCCAUCGGCAACGAGCUCAACAUCACUGCAGAGCUGUAUGAGAUCUUCCUGUGCCGAGCGAAGGAGAGGUGGAGGAGCGUCGGUCAGAGCGUUGACGAGGCGGCGCCGGCUGACAUCGAGUCCAGUCUGGAGCUGAUCACACGGGACAUCGCCAGAACGUUCCCCUCGCUCUGCGUCUUCCAGAAGGGUGGUCCGUACCAUGACCUGCUGCAAAGCAUUCUGGGAGCUUACACCUGUUACAGACCUGAUGUGGGAUAUGUGCAGGGGAUGUCCUCUAUGGCGGCCAUGUUGGUGCUGAACAUGGACGAGGUGGAGGCCUUCAUCAGUUACUCGAACCUGAUCAACAGACCCUGUCAGCUCGCCUUCUUCAGAGUGGACCACCAGCAGAUGUUGAGGUAUUUCAGGUGUUUCCAGGUUUUCUUUGAGGAUUCUCUUCCUCGACUCUUUCUUCACUUCCAGUCUUCAGGCGUGACCUCUGACCUCUACCUCAUGGACUGGAUCCUGUCUCUCUACCUUAAGCCCCUCCCCCUGGACGUGGCGUGCAGACUGUGGGACGUUUUCUUCCGGGACGGGGAGGAGUUCCUGUUCAGGACGGCUCUGGGGAUCCUGAGGAUGCAUCAGGACGAGCUUCUGCACCUGGACCUGAUCAGCAUCGCCCAGUUCCUGUCCCGCCUCCCCGAUGAAGAGCACCUCUCUGAUAGGCUGUUCUCCUGCAUCCCGGCCACGCCCAUGCUGAGCGGGAACAGGAAGUGGAGCCAGGUUCUGACUUCAUGCAGCUGAUCGACGACACGGCGUGUUUUUAAACGUUCCCGUUCUGGACGUGACGGAGUUAAAACGACUCACAACAACACAGAGAAACAUCUGAUGACUGUUUAUAUAUCCACCUGAUGACAUCACACAUUGACCUGAUGACAUC